AAGUCUGUCCGAAUAAUGUAACUAGUGAAUUCCAUGUCAAACAUAUUUAUACUAAUUUAGUAUCUUCAAAGUUCGAGAUCAGUUUCAUUUGUUCGUUGUGUUAGCAAGAUGGCGCGUAGUUCUGUGUGCUUGUUUUUGUUCCUGUUGUCCUAUGUAUACACAGCUCCAGUGCCAGAAAAUGCGAAAAUAUCUUUGAUCAGAAACAGUAGCUUCGGUUUCGGGUUGGCGGCGGGCAAGAGUAAAACUGCUGGCAUUUUUGAAGGAAACAAUAAUUUUAACAUAUUCAAAGAUAUAGGCGGGAGACGUCCAGACUUCACCCUUCUUGAGAACGUGAACUCAGGCGCAGCUUUUGCUUUCGAUCAAAGUAUCAGCAUUGGUGUUAUAAAGAACAAUAUCUUUGGUGGUAAGAAUCCAUUUUCGGGAUAGAAAUAAGAAAAAUAAGAUCUAAGAAAUUUAUAAAAUAUAAUUGGACACAAAAGUUAUAAAACUUGCGUUCUGAUGGAACAGAUUUUAAGCAUUAGUAAUUUCAUUUUGUGUUGUGAUACUCUUUUCGUCACUAAUUUUUAUUUUGUAUCUUGUGAUAUGUAAUGAAAAGGUUCAUUCUUGAAUAAUUGAUUUUCCCUACAAGAAAUUGUACUGCCUGACUCUCUCCAUUUUUUGCGCCUGAUCUGAUGCUAAGCAAUCGCCGCCGCCCAUGAACACCCGAAACACCAGAGGCGUUACAAAAGCGUUGCCGGCCUUUUAGGAGUUACGAAUUUGUUGUUGGGAAAUGGGGAAUGGAAGAGAUUGGGAAGGGUAAGCGUUGUCUCACGUCCGUUUUCUGUGAGGCCGUGGUAUCACUCUGGUUGAGCCGGGUGAUUCAUGCCGAAGCAUGGCUCUCCCAAAGACACAAAUAAUUUGGGUUGUUUCUUUCAUACUACAUCAGACCGUAUAAAGUUGCACUGCUACGCUGUAAAAUUCCUUGUAGCCCACAAAAGUUUAUCAUGUUUAUACUAAAACGUUUAAAAUUAAGUUCUAAUGUGAUCUUGAAUGUGACAUUGACUGACUUUAUUUAUUUAUUAAUAAAAUAAUAUUUGUAAUUAAAAUAUAGUUAUUGUAGAACUUAAA